UCUUCGCCGACAUUCUCAAUCUGCUGAGACAGGGAAAACAAUGGCGUCUCCCACGGCAAAGGUUACGUUCCGCUUCCUGCUCGCGGCGGCGGUGCUGCUUGCGCUGUUCUACAUCGGACGUCCGCUCUAUUGGAAAAUCUCGGCCACCGUUCACGACAUCCGUCACAACAAGCAGACCGUAUCCGAAGGUAUUUCUCAAAUUGUGCUGGAAGCACAGAAAACAGUGGGGUGGUUCCAUGAUGAAUCGGAUUCAGGAAAAAGAGAGGACAGAAGAUCUGCUGCUUGAGAUAGAAGAUUUCAUCUAUUUACCAGGUUCUGUAAAAUAUGAAUUUUGCUUUUGGUUAGGAGGAAUUAUUCAUCCUCCUCCUCUACAAUUUUAUUCAAUAAUAUAAUUCAUGUUCUUGUAGUUUGUGUUAAUGUAUAUUGGAGGGAUUCUACAUAUCCUGACAUCAUCAUCAGUAUUGUUCAUAGUGCAGCAGAUGAUGAUUGUGUUGUGAUUUAUGUUUGCUAUUUUGAUUGGGGAAGAAUGUAUUUUCAGAAGUGAA